CGCUUCCCGCGGCCGCCUCUCCCUGCGCGCCCCGCGCGGCAUGGCGAGUUACAGCCGGGCGGCCCAGCAAUGGGCUACUUUUGGUCGAGCGUGGUACCUCCUCGAUGCGAAGAUGCAGCCCCCAGGAAAACUAGCAGCUGCCACUGUAAUCAGACUCGAAGGCAGACAUAAACCUAUUUAUCAUGCACUAAAUGACUGUGGAGAUCAUGUUGUCAUAAUAAAUACAAGACAUAUUGCCUUCUCUGGCAACAAAUGGGAACAGAAAGUAUAUUCUUCACAUACUGGUUAUCCUGGUGGUUUCAAGCAAGUGACAGCAACUCAGCUCCAUUUGAAGGAUCCAACUGCUAUUGUUAAACUGGCUGUUUAUAGAAUGCUUCCAAAAAACCUUCAGAGAAGAACUCUGAUGCAGAGGCUACACCUGUUCCCCGAAGAUGUUAUUCCAGAAGAUAUAGAGAAGAACCUUCUACAAGAGAUUCCUCAGCCACGUGCAGUCCCCAAGAGAUUAGAUGAAUAUACACCAGAAGAAAUCGCUGCCUUUCCGAAGGUUUGGACUCCACCUAAAGAUUUUCGAAAGAAGUAAUAAGAAUGAAAGAACUGCCAUCAGGAGUGUCUCUCCUCCUUCAGAGAAAGUUCUUCUAAUAUGGAAGUAUCUGUGUGGCUCAGUCAGGCCUUCUAUACUGAGUGUUUCUGACAGCUGUUAGCAAAUUUGACUAGGUAAGAUUAUAGAAAUCACUGUAUUUGAAACAGCUAAGAUUAGGUAUUAUCUUGUCAAUGCUAUCUGUACUUUGCAUUGUAUGAUCUGGUAUUUUUUCAUGACAUUUGAUUUGAUACUGUUAUUAAAGAAUUAAUACCUUUGUAAUGAGUACUUGCAUCUCAUAGAAACAAUGCAUUGAGGACUGCAAUGAAGUAGCUCACUGCCUACAACCCAGUGUAGAACAGAUUUCCUUAAAGAGCUUGUUGAAAUAACAGGUAUUAAAGGCAGAUCAACAGAGAGAUACUUUAUCUUUUUUCUCCCCUUCAGCCUCAAUUUUCAUUCAAGUCACAGGAACAUUCCUUACCUACUUUAAGGAACAUAUUGCAGAACAGAGAAGCAUUUUUAUUAUAGAAACUAAAUGAGGAAACCAAACUUAAGUGUUGAAUGAUGCAAAAAAAGUCUUAAAAUUCACUUCACUUUUGCAAGCUACUUCCCUGAAAUUCCUUUCUGCUUUCCUGCUCUGAAAGCCCUCAAGCCAAAGCUGUUCUGUAGGUAAGUAAAGCACCUGUUGUUUUCUGUGUAGUAGGAAAUGCUGGUACAUUAUGUGCCAAAUUUUACAAUGUCUAGUGAGGAGAAUUUGAGUGUUCUACAUCUGUUUCAUACUAGCAUCAUACAGGAAGAAAACCAGUUGUUUAUUUAUAACCAUAUUUCAUUACAUGAAAUAAUGGUUUGGUAUAUGGGCCUUUCUUUGACAUUCAAAUGGGCUUAUCCCAGAAAAAAUUCCCACCUAGUGGAUGUGCAGCCUUCACUUCCAAGUUAGUUAGUUCACUGCAUUAACCAGUGAAAGUAUUUUUGAAAGGCCUGGGUUGCAGUAAAUGCUCUUUUCUGUGAAAGGACACAGUACACAGUUUAUUGGUAAGAUCUGUGUGGCAUCAACUGUUCAGCAUGUGCUGAAUCCUUCAGUCAGCAGCUUCACUUUCUUAGGUGGUCUGGAAAAAAUAGGAGACACUCCUGAUUAUUCAGAGACUGGAUUUUGGAGAAAAUCCUGACAGAAUGGGUCUUACUUCUUUUGGAAAGCAUACAAUUCCUGAAUAGUAUUUUUAUAAUUGGGUUGAGCAGAGAGUAACUAGUUAGUUACUCUUUAUUACCAAGAUAGGUCCAGCAAAUGACUGUGUACGAUUAAUGAUACCAGAAACAUUCUGGUCAGCAUGGUGCCAGUAAAUGGCACAGUAAAUAAAAGGUUAAAAUAAAUUAAGUGCUGCAAUUGAAGCUUGUGCUUUAGUAUAUAAAUUGUUACAAAAUUUGAAUGAGUAUGGCCACUUUAUUUUCCCCAAGUCAUUUGUUUAGGUCACUCCAUGUACAUCGUGUGGUGUGAGGAGGAGGUGGCAGUGACAGUGCAGGUGUCCAACACAGGGGAUCCCUCAGGCCCAGAGCACCCAAAUUCCUGUGAGCUGGGGGUGCUGUGCUGCUUCCAGCUGCUCCCCAGCCGAGGACACUGGGGUGGGAGCUGUUGGACUGGCACCCCACAGCUGAUGUCAACUGCUCACCACAAGCACCCUCAGGGAUUUGGUCAGGCUGUUCCAUGGAAUAGAUAACACCAAUUGCCUUAUUUUUGUCAGUUUGAUUAUGCUGUGUCCCUACGUCCCUGGUGUUGCCCUGUCAUUCUCUGUGGUCCCAAAAGAACCUGAGAUUUGGAUAUAGUGUUGCCAGCCAGUCAUGACUUAUGUAUUGUGCACUGUUAGCAGGAGACUCAAAGUCUUCCACGGACAAAAUGGGCAGAAUUGCUUGAAAGAAAAGCUGAUCUUUUCCAUCAGUGACCUUCCCAGUCACUUCCAUGGGACCUGCAGGUCAGCAUAUCUCAAGCAGAACUCUGAGCUGUGUCAGUAGAACAUCAAUCUGAGUGAGCUGACCAGGGAGGGGCAGAGGGAGUUUGCACUUGGGGUAAAUUAACAUGGGUGUUGACAGCCAGUAGGGCAGCAUGGAAAUUAAAAUUAACCCUGUGACCCCAGGCGUUAUAGUAUUUAGUUUUAAUAAUACUUCUGAGUAUCAGUUGCAUGUGCCAGGCCGUGGUACCUGCUUGUGGCCAAGAGAGCCAUUCUCAUGUGGAGCCUCAGUGUUCUGUCAAGUGGGGUUAAGCUGCUAAAAAAUAAAGUCCAUAAACUACAUUAUACUUGUCUACCUUCUAUUUUAAAUGCAAGUGCAGGUAACGAAAUGACAAUCAACUCACAUUCUAUCAACUUUUAUCACCUUCCCCCAAGAAAAUGGGUGGAGUCAGGUGAUAGAAGUAAUGGGAAAAGAGAAAGAACCUAGGAGGGUAUCCAGCCCCCAGCCAGAGCCUGCUAGUCACAUGUGCAAAUCAUGUAUGCUACUAAUGAGGCUGAAUUCUAGGUGAGAUAAUUGGAGAUAACACAGUAAAGGGACCCACUCAUCUUCUUCCUGAUGAGCUAAGGGAGCUGCUGGCAGUGGUCAGAGGCCAAACCUGACAGGCUUUCUUUACUGUAAAAUAUGACUAGAUCUGCUUCCAGUCAGGGAUGAGCAGGAGGAUGGUCCUGAGAUGUACAGAACUGCCUCUUCAUGUCUGUACAGGGCUGAAGAACAAGUCUUCCAAACCUAUGCUGUCAUAAAUGGCCAUUCUUGAGCUAAAUCUUGCUCAGUCUCCAGUGUUGUUCAAAGGUGUUUAUUGAGUCUCUUUCUAACUUACUUUGUUUGUAGAUGAUUAAUUGCUCUGUGCUCAAGUGGUUGGGUUGGUGUUUUGCCUUCCUCUCCUCAUUAGCUGAUCCAAGUUGCCAUCCCAACUACACCUCCCAGUCUUUUGAGUUGGGAAUGUUGACAUGAGGAAUCUCACAUCUGCACUUGGUACAACUACCUCAGCUCAGUUACUGUCUUCAUUUGUCCAUAUACUAUUUAAAAAAUAAGGCUAAAUAAUGUUUUUACUACAUCCUUUAAAAUAAAACUAUUGCCCCAAAGUAUUGAAAACAGGAAAUGUAUUUCCUUCUCACUACAUUCUGUCCCCUGAAGAUCUAAUGCAAUUGUUUUGAGUUAAAAGUCAAAUGAAUACAGAAUUACCAUACAAAAGCUUGCCACUUUUAUUUGCAUACAAAACAGAAAUGAAAGAGGUUCACAAUAAAUUAUCAGUGUACUCUCA